AAUUUUACAGGGCUGGAGUACAGUUGCCUUCUGUGGAAGUGAGGUAUAAAAAUCUAAGUGUCCAAGCCGAGUGCCAGGUGGUUCAUGGCAAACCUCUUCCCACACUCUGGAAUGCCACCAAAGGCGUCUUUUCUGGUAUAUCUAAUUUAUUAGGUUCAAAACAAGAGGCCAAGAUAAGCAUCCUAAAAGAUGUCAACGGCAUCAUAAAACCCGGAAGGAUGACUUUAUUGCUUGGCCCUCCAGGAUGUGGCAAAACUACAUUUUUGCUGGCACUUGCUGGGAAAUUAAGCCAAACUCUCGAGGUUUCAGGGGAAAUAACUUACAAUGGUUAUGGACUUGAUGAGUUUAAUCCUCGGAAAACGUCAACUUAUGUUAGCCAAUAUGAUCUGCAUACUCCAGAGAUGACAGUAAGGGAGACACUUGCUUUUUCUGCACGCUUUCAGGGUGUAGGAAGCAGAGCUGAAAUCAUUAAGGAAGUCAGCCAAAGAGAGAAGCAGGCAGGGAUAGUUCCGGAUCCUGAUGUAGAUGCUUACAUGAAGGCAAUAUCAGUUGAAGGUACGGAAAGUACCCUUCAAACAGAUUAUAUUCUGAAGAUUCUUGGACUUGACAACUGUGCUGACACAAUGGUUGGUGAUGCCAUAAGAAGAGGUAUCUCAGGUGGUGAAAAGAAGAGAUUGACUACAGGGGAGAUGAUUGUAGGUCCAACAAAAGUUUUAUUCAUGGACGAAAUAUCGAAUGGCCUUGAUAGUUCUACUAGUUUCCAGGUUGUUUCCUGCAUUCAGCAUUUGGUGCAUCAUACUGAUGCUACAGCAUUGAUAUCUCUUCUUCAACCUGCACCAGAGAUCUUUGAUCUCUUCGAUGAUGUUAUUCUGAUGGCAGAAGGGAAAGUUGUGUAUCAUGGCCCUCGCACUUAUAUUCGCAAAUUCUUCAAGAAUUGCGGGUUUAGGUGCCUGGAAAGAAAAGGAAUUGCUGACUUCAUUCAGGAGGUAAUCUCAAGAAAAGAUCAAGCACAGUACUGGUACCAUAAGGAACAGCCUUACAGAUAUGUUUCUGUUAAUCAAUUCAUCCAAAAGUUCAAAGAAUGUAAAAUCGGCGUAAGUUUAGAGAAGGAGCUCUCGGAUCCACUUGAAAAGACUCAAAGCCGCAGAGAUUCUCUUUCCUUUAAAAGGUACUCGCUAAGUAAAUGGGAACUGUUCAAGGCUUGCUCAAGGAGGGAAUUCCUUUUGAUGAAGAGGAACUCUUUUCUGUAUGUGUUCAAGACUUUACAGCUUCUCAUGGGUGCAUCAAUGACUAUGACUGUUUUCCUACGCACUCGAAUGGCUGUUGACAUCAUCCAUGCGAAUUAUUAUUUGGGUGCUCUAUUUUUUACUCUCAUGUUAAUCAUUGUUGAUGCAUUUCCAGAAUUGAGCUUAACCGUAUCGAGACUCGAAGUUUUCUACAAACAGCGAGAGUUAUGCUUCUAUCCUGCGUGGGCUUAUGCAAUUCCUGCAGCAAUCCUAAAAAUCCCGCUUUCAUUCUUAGAGUCAUUUUUAUUGAUCUCUCUCACUUAUUAUACCAUUGGUUACAGCCCUGAGGUUGGAAGGUUCUUUCGGCAGUUCCUUGUAAGCUUUGGUCUGCACGUAGCAGGAAUGUCCAUGUUCCGUUUAAUUUCCUCGGUGUCCCAAACUAUAGUUGCUUCUACAACCGCUGGCACUCUUGCACUAGUGAUUAUGUCAUCCUUCGGUGGCUUCAUCGUGACACAACCAUCUAUGCCUUCUUGGUUAAACUGGGGUUUUUGGCUAAAUCCUGUAUCAUAUGGGGAGAUAGGCAUGGCAUUGAAUGAACUUCUUGCUCCUCGGUGGGAAAAGGUUAAGUCCGGAAACACAAGCGCUGGACAAGAAACUCUAGAAAGUCGUGGAUUGAACUUUGAUAGCUCCUUUUACUGGUUAUCAGUUGCAGCUUUAUUUGGAUUAACAGCGCUUCUCAAUGUCAUUUUUAUGUUGGCUUUGACUUUCUUGAAGUCUCCAGGAAAGUCUCGUGCUAUGGUUUCUUUCGAAAGAUACUAUCAACUACAAGGACAAGAAGAUAGCAGAGAUGAAAGCAUACACAAUGAAAGCAAAAUCAGUGUUGAAACUGAUAGUACUUUUUCUGGAUCUGAAACAGGAAAAAUGGUUUUGCCUUUCCAGCCACUGACUGUGGCAUUCCGGGAUGUGCAGUACUAUGUGAAUAUCCCUAUGGGUUUUAAGCAGAAAAAGGUGCAGCUUUUAUCGGACAUUACCGGAGCAUUUAGGCCUGGUAUUUUAACAGCAUUGAUGGGUGUCAGUGGAGCAGGUAAAACAACUCUUAUGGAUGUUCUUUCCGGAAGGAAAACCGGGGGCAUAAUUGAAGGAGAGAUUAGAAUUGGUGGGUACCUCAAGGUUCAAGAUGCAUAUGCAAGGGUAUCAGGCUACUGUGAGCAAACUGAUAUACAUACUCCCCAUCUCACCGUAGAAGAAUCACUAAUAUAUUCCGCUUGGUUGCGUCUUCCAUCUUAUAUUGAUUCAGAAACUAAAGCUAGCUUCAUAAAUGAAGUACUUGAAACCAUAGAGCUUGAUGAAAUCAAAGAUUCCAUAGUAGGCAUAGCUGGAGUUAAUGGUUUAUCUACUGAGCAGCGUAAGAGGCUGACCAUAGCUGUUGAGCUCGUUGCCAAUCCAUCCAUCAUGUUCAUGGAUGAACCAACUACAGGUUUAGAUGCAAGAGCAGCAGCAAUUGUUAUGAGGGCAGUGAAGAAUGUUGUUGAAACUGGGAGAACUGUCGUUUGCACUAUCCACCAACCUAGUAUUCAUAUAUUUGAGGCAUUUGAUGAGUUGAUUUUAAUGAAAACCGGAGGGCGCAUUAUCUACUCUGGACCGCUGGGUCAGAACUCCAGUCGAGUUAUUCAGUACUUUCAGAACAUCCCUGGAGUUCCCAAGAUUAAAGACAAGUAUAAUCCAGCGACAUGGAUGCUAGACGUUACUUCUAAAUCUGCAGAGGCCCAAACUAGCAUAGAUUUUGCUGAUGUUUACGAGACAUCCACUUUGUAUAAGGAAAAUAUAGAGUUGGUUAAGCAAUUGAGUUCACCACCUCCUGAUUCAAAAGAAUUGGAGUUCCCUACCCGAUUUCCUCAGAAUGGUUGGGAGCAGUUCAAAGCAUGCCUAUGGAAACAGCACUUGUCUUAUUGGAGAAGUCCUUCAUACAAUUUGGCACGCUUUUUUUUCUUCUCUGUCUCAUCUGUUAUCUUCGGCAUACUAUUCUGGCAGAGAGGAACCAAAAUAAAUAACCAACAAGACCUGUUCAAUGCACUUGGUGUGAUGUAUUCAGCACUAUUCUUCUUUGGCAUCAACAGUUGCUCAUCAAUUUUACCAUUCAUUUCAAUCCAGAGAACAGUUAUGUACCGUGAAAUGUUUGCAGGAAUGUACUCUUCGUGGGCGUACUCAUUUGCACAGGUCAUAAUUGAGAUUCCAUACUUACUUGGUGUUGCACUUCUAUAUGUGAUGAUCACAUAUCCAAUGAUUGGUUUCUACUGGUCAGCCUAUAAAGUAUUGUGGUCAUUUUACACCAUGUUUUGUUCACUGCUAUGCUUCACCUACUUAGGGAUGAUGAUAGUGUCAUUGACACCCAACACUCCAGUGGCUUUCAUUAUGGCUUCAUCUUCUUACUCCGUCUUGAAUUUGUUCUCCGGCUUUUACAUGCCGAGACCGGAAAUGCCGAGUUGGUGGGUUUGGCUAUAUUAUUUAACCCCCACGUCUUGGUCACUGAAUGCCAUCUUCACGUCGCAGUAUGGAGAUAUCGAUAAAGAAAUACAUGCUUUCGGAGAAACUACAACGGUUUCUGUUUUCUUAGAAAAUUAUUUUGGUUAUCAUCAUACGUCUCUAGCUUCAGUUUCCAUUGUUCUCAUCAUCUUCCCUGUCGUAUUGGCACUUCUUUUCGCUUAUUUUAUCGGAAAAUUAAAUUUCCAAAGGAGUUAAAUCAAAUCUCAGCCUCUCUUGCUGCUAUCUGUACAAAACAUUCCCUGAUAAACUAAUAAAGAGACAGGUUUUACUUAUGAAA